GGCAUAUUGUCAGCCUCUUUCUCCAAUCUUUUUGCAUCCAUCCUCGUUUCCACACAAUGACUGUGGAAUCAGAAUCUUCUGAGUCUGCUAACUUGUCGGCCACACCUUCGCACUCACAGAAUGGAGUGCACUCAUCUGAUGACCCUAUUUUGGCAGACCUUUGGAAUCAUUUGGAUCACAUACAACCCACGCUUCCGGAUGGAAUAUCAAUAUCCAUCUUGGAGUGCGUCGGUGUUCAGUUUCAACACGGUGACAUCCGACUGGCUCCGCUUGUGAGCCUAGCUGGACAAAAGUUUUGGUCUGAUGUACUCACCGAUGGGAUGAAUCAUUGGCGAAUCUCGAAUGCCGGUCGUGCAAAAUCCCGGUACGCCUUCCACUCCCACAACUACUAA